GAGAUUUUAACACCUCGCAAUUUUAGUCCUUGAUAUGGGAGUUAUCCGUUGAUAGACAUGUGGCACAGGCAGUCUCUUUUUCCAGUUUUUCCAUAUUUUUCCAGUCUGAUAGUUCUUUUUUGAUAAAAAUCCUGACUAAAAAUGUUCGCUUUCAGUAUCGUUCGGAUCGCCGCAUUAUGCCCAUUAGUUUCCGCAAGAUUCUCCUUCCCAAUAGGAAACAACCAUCAAAACCCUCAAACAAACGCACCGGCUACAAUCAGCAACCAAAACACGCAAUCAAACAUACCCAGCAUAAACAACUACCAAAACCCUCAACCAAACACACCAGCCACGAACAGCAACCAACACACGCAAUCAAAUUUACCAGGUACAAACAGUUACCAAAACACUCAACUAGGCGCAUCAGGUACAAAUAGCUACCAAAACACUCAACUUGGCACAUCAGGUACGAAUGGUUACCAAAAUACUCAACAAAACACACUAGGUUCAAACAUCUACCAAAACACUCAACUAAACACACCAAACACGAACAGCUACCAAAACACGGGAGGCACAAACAGCUACCAAUCACAGAAUUCAGGAUCCUCAGGCGGGUUUAGCUUCCCCCUGUCAAACGGGUUCCCGAACAUCCCCCCGGGCUCGCCAAAGGAGACAGACAUCUUCCAACAAGCUCACGGCCCGGUGCCCAGGUCGAAUCUACCCCCGUUAAAACCGGAUGACGUCACGUCGAUACGCUUCCUGGCCUUCAACGAGAUCUUCGAGGUGGCCUACUUCACUGAGUUCCUCGACAACGUCACCAACAACGUCCCCGGCUACGUCAUCCUGGACCCGUAUUCCCGGAACUUCACCAUCACGACGCUGACUGCGAUUCGGGCUCAGGAGGAAGUCCACGCGCUCCAGGCUAACGAUAUUCUCAUCAAAAUGGACCUGGAGCCGAUCCAGGCCUGCCGCUACAGGGCCCCGGUCAGCGAUAUCCGGGCCGCAUUCGCGUACGCCAACACCUUCACCGAUCUCGUCAUCGCUACCAUUCAGGACGUCGCGACCAGGCUUGGCCGAAACAAUGAUUCCGAGUACAUCGCGUCGAUCAUAGGCAGGGUCGGGAACGAAGCGGAACAGGACGGUUACUUCCGAACGGUGCAACACAAAAUCCCUGCCCCCACGCCCCUCCUGACCCGCGGCUCCCGAGUGUACACUUACUCCUCCUUGAACCAGAACGUCGUCGUCCCCGGCUCCUGCCCCAACAGCUACCUCAUCGACCUCCAGAUCCUCCCCUCGCUCAACGCCGUCCAACAGCCGGACCCGAACAGCAGCCAGAAUCAGACGAUCCAGUUCUACGUGCCGGUCACUGAGACGACCCGCGAACUCGGCGCUGAGAAUCGCAUCGUCUACAUCGAGCAACAGAACCAGCCGGUCGCCGUUCCCAUCAGAAAUGUGAGGCAGGAGAGUGGUUCCGUUUACUUUGAGGCAGAGUUUCCUGCUAGUUUGUUGCAGUACGGAGGUUACGGGUUGAUCAUUGCCGCGCUGACCAAUGAUACCGGCCCUUUCCAAACGAUCGAUGAUGUGGUGCCGUUUACCAUUGCUGGCCCCUACUUAUAUGAUGUUAAGUAGAUACCAGCUAAACCCGGAAAUAACUCUCAAGUAAUUAGAAAUGUUUUUGAUAAUAUUGUAAGGUUGAAGCUGUGCUGAAUUCAACAGUAUUUUUGACGAUUUGGACCAAUUUUUCUGUGACGAAACCGCUGAAAACACGGAUAGUAGUGUUCACAAUAUUUAAAUUUUUAGAAAAUUUUUCAAAUAUUUACAAGAAGUUUUUUAAAAUACAGUCGAAAAUAUUGUUGGAAAAUUUUAGAUCGUACUUUAUAUUGAUUUUUUUAUAUUAAUAAUUUUAAGGACAUUUAUCGGGUUGAUUUUGAAAUCUAGAACGAUUUUGAAUGUUUUAAAAAAACGUUGAUGAUGUACAGUGUUGAGGCUGGACGAGGUUGUCAAGUAA